GGGUUUUUAUUCGUUUGGUGUCUCCUUUUGCCUGUUCUUUUUUUUCGGUUGCAGAACAGGGGCGAAAAAUGGCGGUUCCACUUCUCAACAAGAAGAUCGUAAAGAAGCGCGUAAAGAAGUUCAAGAGGCCUCAGAGUGAUCGAAAGAUUUCUGUUAAGGAGAACUGGCGGACGCCGAAGGGUAUCGACUCUAGGGUGCGGAGGAAGUUCAAGGGAGUCACUUUGAUGCCCAACAUUGGCUAUGGCUCAAACAAGAAGACCAAGCACUAUCUCCCCAAUGGCUUCAAGAAAUUUGUUGUGCACAAUGCAAGUGAUCUUGAUCUUCUGUUGAUGCACAAUAGGACCUUCUGUGCAGAAAUAGCUCACAACGUUUCGACAUUGAAGAGGAAAGGCAUUGUGGAACGGGCAGCUCAGUUGGACAUAGCCGUGACGAACAAACUUGCAAGGUUGCGCAGCCAGGAAGAUGAGUAGAGUGAUGAUUCAUCAGCUAGGCGAAGGGGGCUCCUUUGCUUUAUUGUAGUUAUAUUUCAUUUGUUGAUCAAUUGGAGAUUUCUACUUAAGCAGUUUUGUUUCCAUUUUUCUUCUUAAGAACUACAUCUUAGCGAUUUCAUUAGGUGCUUUGUUAUUUCAGCCUUUGUGGAUUGAAUAUUUACAAUUACAAUCUUUCUUUAAAUGAAAUGUACGUUGUUAUUUCAGCCUA